AUGCGUCUCUCGAAAUUGCGCGAGCGCGUGUUUCGCGUGAAGCAUAUACCGGCCGGCGAAUUGAGCACACCGUUGCGACGAUGCCUCACCACCAUCGACAUCACCCUACUCGGCGUCGGCCAUAUGAUCGGCGCCGGCAUCUAUGUGCUCACCGGCUCGGUGGUGCGUAACACCGCCGGACCAUCGAUCGUCGUCUCGUUCCUGCUCGCCGGUCUCGCCUCGCUGCUCUCGGCGUUGUGCUACGCCGAAUUCGGAUCGCGAUUCCCGAAAGCGGGCAGCGCCUACACCUACACCUACGUCGGCGUCGGCGAGCUUUGGGCGUUCGUCAUCGGAUGGAACAUUAUUUUGGAGCACAUGCUUGGCGCGGCCGCCGUCGCUCGCAGUUGGUCCGGCUAUCUCGACUCGUUGAUGGGCAAUGUUGUGUCGAACUCGACGAUUACGAGAAUCGGAAGCUUACGCGAGACAUCAUCGUUUUUCGGAGACUAUCCCGACCUCAUCGCAUUUCUGCUGGUGACAAUUGUCGCCUUCUUCGUCGCUCUUGGCUCGAAAGUCUCCACCAAUUUCAAUUCAUUCCUCACUCUUCUAAAUAUGGGGGUUGUCAUAAUUGUCGUCUUCUACGGUAUCACAUUUGCCGAUUUUUCGCUGUGGACCGGCGUCAAUGAGCUCGGCGUGUCGCGAUUCUUUCCGUUCGGCGUCAAGGGAAUGUUCGCCGGCGCCGCCUCGUGCUUCUUCGCCUACAUCGGAUUCGAUGGUCUCGCGACGGCCGGAGAAGAAGCCAAGAAUCCGUCUCGCUCAAUUCCGAUCGCCACAUUCGCCUCGAUGUCGAUCGUCACACUCUCCUACGUGCUCAUGUCGGCCUCAUUGACCCUCAUGAUCCCCUAUGAUCAGGUCCAUCCGACCGCCGCGUUUUCCGACGCGUUCGCAAUGCGCGGCGCCGAUUUCGCGCGAUACGCCGUGUCGAUUGGCGCGCUUUUCGGAAUGACGACGAGCCUCGUCGGCGGCAUGUUCGCGCUACCGCGAUGCGUUUUCGCGAUGGCCGAAGACGGGCUCAUCUUCAAAUCGUUGGCAACGAUCAACCCGAAAACUCAGGUUCCAAUUCAAGCGCUCGUCAUUUUUGGAGCCAUCACCGCCGUCAUUUCGCUGCUGUUCGACGUCGAAACCCUGGUCGAAUUCCUCUCAAUUGGUACCCUAUUGGCCUAUUCAAUAGUUUCGGCGUGUGUGAUUGUCCUCCGCUAUCAGCCAUCCUACAAUACCGAAGACGGAUGUUUCGAUAAUGGAGGAAAACUUCGAUUCUCGAUUCCAUUUUUCAAGCUCCUCGACAGCCUUGAGCCAGGACAAUCGAUUUAUUAUGGCAUUUCAACUCUCAUUAUAUCAUUCUUCUUCACUGGAUUCGCUUUAACAAAUGAAUUUGCCACUGGAACAACUUUUCAAAAAUUUCUACUGGCCACAACAAUCACUUCAUCAAUUCUUUCGUUCGUCUUCAUAAGCUGCCAUUAUCAAAAUUCGACACUUCUCGAUUUUAAAGUCCCAUUUGUUCCCUUCAUUCCGGCCCUUAGUCUUUUAGUGAACAUUUUGAUGAUGGUCCAUUUGGCGCCAAUAACAUGGAUUCGAUUAUUCGUAUGGAUGGCUAUUGGCCUUGCUAUAUAUUUCUCAUAUGGAAUUUAUCAUAGUAAAGAGGAGCACGAGAAUGCAGAGAAGUUGUCAAAGAGCACCACCUAUGAAUCAAUGACGUCGACUGAGACAAACUAA